AUGUCCGGCAUAGAAGUAGCUGGCAUCGCUCUCGCUAUUUUGCCGUUGAUAGUUAACCAGCUGGACAGUUAUGUCCAAGGUCUUGAGACACUGGGUGAUCUUCGAACGAAGCGAUACCGCAGCAAAUUGGACCACUAUGCCACAAACCUCGGAUCACAGCAGGCUUCCUUUAUCAAUACGCUAGAAAGAUCUCUCGAAGGGGUCGUCGAGUUUGAUGAUGGUAUCGACAGUCUUGAACCUCAUGAAAUUAAGGCUCUAUGGGAGAAGGCGACUGUACAGCGUCUUCUUAAAAAGAAACUAGGAAGAAAUUAUCUUCCAUUCAUGCAAACUAUGAAAGAACUUUCGACACUUCUCGAAGAGAUACACCGCAAGCUAGGCUGGGACAAGAUGCCAGUAGAGGUCUUCUGGAAGGACUCGAGUAGUUUCAAUCGAGAAGUCAAAAAGUUCAAGGACACAUUCUCUAAAAGCAUUUAUGAGAGGAUAUUCAGUGAGAUUAAAAGCGCAAACGAACAACUGGCCAAUCUCACCGAACAAAGCGAGCACCGGAGCCAAGUACAAAAGCGAAAGAUAUCAAAGCGCUCUCUGCCACAGCUUAAGCGAAGUCGAAAACUUGCACAGAGCUUACACAACGCCAUUCUCAACGACAAAUGCUGGAAAUGCACCUGUCGGGAUCGACAUACGAUUCACUUUCUUCUUGGCAGCCAGUCUCCCAUUGAGGACAACAUUGAGAUAGAGCCACUCUCAGCUCGGUUUCGGAUGGUUUUUGCCUCUCCUAGCGCACAUGAUAUCUCCGGGACGCUGGGCAAGGCUCAUGAGAUUGAAGCAAAAUCAGAUUACCUCCAGCCAACCCCGCAGGCAGUGAAUAUAGAGGCUGUUGCCGUUCAAUCGAUAAGAGCCCAUAAAAGCUCAGUACAAAGAAAGACCAAGGUAUCCUUUUCAAUGCAGGAUACUUUUACGACUCUACUCUCUGAAGAAAAACCUCCAUCUCCUCCAAUAUACAGCAUAUGCCUCACACUAUCAACAAUGGCAGCCACGAAAUCCGGAAUCGAAGAGAAGAAUUUACUUGGCUGUGUUAUGGACGGAACCCAGCAACACCUCAUGUACCAUUUACGAAAACUCCCCGCCAGCCCCAAGCUACAAUCUUUGGCCGAACUUCUAGAAACAUCAUCAUCGUUCUUGCAAGCUCAGAUGAACGGCGCAGUCUUCUUCAGCCAAAAGGAUCGCCUCACACUAGCCGCCAAUCUUGCAUGCAGUGUUCUUCAGUUCCAUGGAAACUGGCUUCAAUCCCGCUGGCGAGCACGCGAUAUCAUAUUCAUCCGCGAGCCCACAGGCAAUAUCGGACAUCCCACAUUAGCCUUGAAUGCCCCACACCCGGUCAAAGAUUCGACGAUGUGUAGGGGUGCAGCGAAUUCGGCACUAAUUCGAAACGAAAUACUCUUCCCGCUGGGUCUUGUUCUGGUCGAGCUUUCGCUUUGUCAACCUCUCGAGCAACUUCGCACAGCAGAAGACCAUGAUGAAAACGAAGCAACCUCCAAUCUCAAAACUGCUACUCGAUUACUGCGCUAUGUGGAAUUAUCAAGCGGGCCCCUGUACGGUGAUGUGGUAGAGCAGUGUUUGUCUUGGCGCUGGAAAGGUGGUUAUACUCUGGAUGAUGAGACUAUGCAGGAGGAGAUCUAUCAGCGGAUUGUGUUUCCGUUGGCUGAGAAUUUGAAAAACUUUGUCAAGGGAUCGCAAUUAAUGUGA